AUGUUUAGAGGUGGUUCACAUCACAGAAUCCGGGGAUUGUUCGAAAAGGCAUUGAGUAAUGACAGGCUUAGCAGCUCAGUUGUACUGUGGCGGUGCUACAUUAUGUUUGAGAUAGAAAUUGCAAAUGAUCCUUCUGAAGCUCGUCGUGCGUUCUUUCGGGCUAUCCAUUCCUGCCCCUGUAAAUUGACUUUGCCACAGUUGAGCCUGAAAACAAUCCAAUUGGGUUUAGAGUUGGCGCCUCUUGUUCCUCAGUGGUAUAUCCCGGAAGUACAAAACAGGGUUGAAAAAAAUAGUCCCACACUAACAAUAAAAACAUUUGCAGGUGAAGAAGAAGCAGGACGCAUUAAAGACAUUUUCAGACUUUACAAAAUACUUAUCUUAGAAGGGAUAUUUAAAUAA